CAUUCAUCGGCCUCGUCCUCUCGAGCAGCGCCUUUGCGUGGGUUAAGGCGUGUGUGUGUGUAUAUAUGCGGCCCGCCAUCGGCCUCGUCUACGACGGCCAUGCGCAGCACCUUCCGCCAGCGAGCGCCAGGGCCACGCACAUCGAGACGCCCGAGCGCGUGAGCGUCAUCUACCGUGCGCUUGGCAAGGCUCGGCUGCUGGACCGGCUGACGCGGGUGGCUCCACGCGAGGCGACGCGGGCGGAGGCGGAGGCGGUUCACACAGCGGAGCACCUCGACGCCCUCGAGGCGCUCGCCGACGCCGAGCCGUCCCUCCGAGGCGCGUGGCGCGGCGGCGCGGGUGGCGGCUGGUCGCUCGGCCGCGACAUGUUCCACGAUGCGCAGACGGCUUGUGCGGCACGGCGGGCGGCGGGCGGCGUCGUCGCGCUGACCGAGGCUGUCCUCCGCGGCGAGAUCUCCUCCGGCUUUGCGCUCGUGCGCCCGCCCGGCCACCAUGCCUGUGAGGACCGGAUGGCGGGCUUCUGCUUCCUCAACUCGGUCGCGGUCGCCGCGCGGGCUGCGCUCUCUCCGCGCGGCGGGCUGCGGCGGGUGCUCGUCGUGGACUGGGAUGUGCACCACGGCGAUGGGACGCAGGCCAUCUUCGAGGAGGACCCGGCCGUCCUCUUCUUCUCGCUGCACCGCUUCGGGCGCGGCUUCUUCCCUGGCGCGGCAGCACGGAGCCGCGCCCCGGGCAGGGGCUGA